CGGGAGCCUUGCGGCCGCUGCCCCGGGCUGGGCGCGCACGGCACCAUGAGCCCCCGUUCGUGCCUGCGGUCCCUGCGACUCCUCGUCUUCGCCGUGUUCUCGGCCGCCGCGAGCAAUUGGCUGUACCUGGCCAAGCUGUCAUCGGUGGGCAGCAUCUCCGAAGAGGAGACGUGCGAGAAACUCAAAGGCCUGAUCCAGAGGCAGGUGCAGAUGUGCAAACGGAACCUUGAGGUGAUGGACUCAGUGCGCCGUGGUGCCCAGCUGGCCAUCGAGGAGUGCCAAUACCAGUUCCGGAACCGGCGCUGGAACUGUUCCACACUGGACUCCCUCCCUGUCUUUGGGAAGGUGGUGACACAAGGGACCCGGGAGGCGGCCUUUGUAUACGCCAUCUCUUCAGCAGGUGUGGCCUUUGCAGUGACAAGGGCAUGCAGCAGUGGAGAACUGGAGAAGUGUGGCUGUGACCGGACAGUGCACGGGGUCAGCCCACAGGGCUUCCAGUGGUCAGGAUGCUCGGACAACAUCGCCUAUGGCGUAGCCUUCUCACAGUCCUUUGUGGACGUCCGGGAGAGGAGCAAGGGGGCCUCCUCCAGCCGGGCACUCAUGAAUCUUCACAACAACGAGGCUGGCAGGAAGGCCAUCUUGACACACAUGCGGGUGGAGUGCAAGUGUCACGGGGUGUCGGGCUCCUGCGAGGUAAAGACGUGCUGGCGUGCUGUACCGCCCUUCCGCCAGGUUGGCCACGCGCUAAAGGAGAAGUUUGACGGUGCCACGGAGGUGGAGCCACGACGCGUAGGCUCCUCCCGGGCGCUGGUGCCUCGGAAUGCACAGUUCAAGCCACAUACAGAUGAGGACCUGGUAUACCUGGAGCCUAGCCCGGACUUCUGUGAGCAGGACAUCCGCAGUGGCGUGCUAGGCACGAGGGGCCGCACGUGCAACAAGACAUCUAAAGCCAUUGACGGCUGCGAGCUACUGUGCUGUGGCCGCGGCUUCCACACAGCGCAAGUGGAGCUGGCCGAGCGCUGUGGCUGCAGGUUCCACUGGUGCUGCUUCGUCAAGUGCCGGCAGUGCCAGCGGCUCGUGGAGAUGCACACGUGCCGGUGACCAUGCCGUCUGUGCCCAGGACCACCUGCGUGGCCCAGGGAAGGCCAAUAACUUAAACAGUCUCCCACCACCUACCCCAAAAGAUACUGGUUGUAUUUUUUGUUUUGGUUUGGUUUUUGGGUCCUCAAGUUAUUUAUUGCCAAAAAAAAAAAAAAAGAAAGAAAGAAAGAAAGAAAGAAAGAAAGAAAGAAAGAAAGAAAGAAAGAAAGAAAGAAAGAAAGAAAGAAAGAAAGAAAGAAAGAAAAAAAUAGGCAGGCAACCCCCAAGGGCACCAACCAGGGCCUCCCCGAGCCUGAGCCUUUGUGUGUGGCUGCCUCUGACCAAAGGGACUUUGUUUAUGCCUCUGGCUGUCCACAUUGACCACUGUUGACUACUCAGUCUUGUCAAGUGUCCAGUUUUCUACAGGUAGACUAAAAAAGUAGGUACUAAGGAGCGGCUGUAGACCCCACCGUCCAGGGAAACAGAUGGCCCAAUGGCAGGGAUGGCAGGUUCCAUCUUGGUGGAAUUUAUAUCACCUGCAGGAAAGGAGCUGACACCUCUCCACCACACAUAUACUUGGGGACCGCCAGUAACUCUGGCUCUGAGGGUCCCUAGAAAGGGAACGGACAGAUAUCAGGUUAAAGGCUAAGGGCUCUCGGCCCUCAUGCGAGCAGCUAGAUUCCAGGCAAGCAACCGUGAGUUAAGACAAGGAUGCCCAGCCAGGCGUGGUGGUGCAUGCCUUUAAUCCCAGCACUCAGGAGGCAGAGGCAGGUGGAUUUCUGAGUUCGAGGCCAGCCUGGUCUACAAAGUGAGUUCCAGGACAGCCAGGACUAUACAGAGAAACCCUGUCUCGAAAAACCAAAAAAAAAAAAAAAAAAAAAAAAAAGACAAGGAUGUCCACGUGAGGCCAGCCCACCUCCACCUCAAACUCCUCCAUGAGAGGGGAAACCUCCCCUAUUCCCAGACUCUCCUAGGCAGGGUUAGGCUGUCAUCCUGGAUUAGGUCCUAGCUUGGGCCUGGCAAGUCGCACACCCGCCCCCUGUUAUGAGUCACCCUCGCAGUUUUGUCCUCUGUGAAGCUGAGAAUGGAAAUGUUGCAGAGACAGGAAAGGGCUGUGCAAAGAGAUCCCACCCUGUGAUAUCUCCCUCACUUAACAAAACCUAGUGAGCAAACACAAUGCCCCAUCAGCCCCUGUCCUAGGGUAUCUCCCUGGAUGAUGACAUCUGUCCUGGGAACAAACAUGGAUGCCCACCCACUCUUUGCAGCAGGUAAUGAUGCCUGUCAGCCUCACAAGACCUUGGCAGAGGCAGAGCCGGGCUCCUCCCUGGGCCUGAGCAGUGGGCUAGGAACUCUGGCUAUAACUAAAGGCACAGGGAGACAAGGCAGUAGGAGCCAGAGACCACAGGCUGGGUUGGAGCCCACAGGGCUGCAAAGGGCUAAGAGGCUGAGUGGAGAGGGGGACAGCUGGAGGGCUGACUAAUUAGGUCUCAGAAUCCAAGGUACCUCCAUCUCCAGGACCCUGGGUCCCCAAGGCCUCGAGUACAGUAAGGACAAAAGGUUCCCCAAGGGACAUACCAUACCUGGUGCCUGGCCCAGAACACCAGCCAGACUGUCAAGAACCUACCAAAUGCUCUGUGAACAGGACACACAAAGAAUCAACUGCCUCUCGGCUGGAUGACCAAGCCUCAGAGGAACUUUCCAGCCUGAUGUCCAAGUGGCUCCCAUGUCCAGGACUCCAGGUUCGAUGCUUCCACUCUGAGAUCCCCUUGGGAACUCUGCAAUCCCAAGCUCUUUGCUAUUGGGUGGUGCAAACGCCAAAUCCAGGAUUCUGAAUACGGGGCGCAGGCCUGCACAAACUCUCCUCUGGGCCUGUGGUUUGUGCCUUUCUGGCGUUGGCUCCCUGACGAAGAGGGUCAACACCCUUGGCCCCCAUCCAAGCUCUCUGCUCAUUGUCCAUCUGAAGAGGCAGCCAAAACCAAGUGAGAUGCUGGAACCACAUUCAAAUGCAAGGAUAAUCUUGGGCAGGCCGUCUCUGAUGUGGAUGAAAGCUGAGCUGACCAAGGGUCCCCACAGCUGCCCGGCUGGGCCCACUGAUCCUCUGGUAGACUUAGUUCAGCACCAGGGAAGAUGUGAGGACCCCACACACACACACACAUACACAGAGCCAGGCCCAAACUAAGGAAGCAUGGGGCCACCCCUUCAGAGAAUGCUGAGCCAAGUUCCACAUCCAGUGGGGUCGAGACUGCUUGUCAUUUUGUGGACACUAUACCAAGAAGGCGGGUCCCUAGCUCCCCUGUGCUGAUCCUCUCAGAGUCCUGCAGGCUGUGACUAGGUGAAUCAGACCACAGGCUAGAACCACUGCCCAGGCCAAAGAAAUUCACAGCCAUGGUGGGGGACGUGGGAGGGGGGGGGGGAGCUUCACUGGACUUGUCCAGCUCCAAACUGUCUCAAAUAUAAAGAGCUGGCAAAGGCGUGACGUAGCUCAGCAUAUUUGGGUCCCACAGGACCCAGGAAGCUGUCCAGAAGGUCCACUUCCUACCUGAACCACUCUCUACUGUUGUUGUCACAAGGCAAAAGUGGCAUUCCUUCCUCCAAGGCCAGGGCUGGAAAAGCCAGCUCCGGAUGCUGCUACUCUACCGUGCUGCCCCACCCCGUCCUCCAGUUUUUAUAUGAGGCUCCUUGGCAUUGUGACAUCCCCACGGCAUAGUCUGAGAUGCACGAUAAAAAUGGUUAUUUCUCUAUC